AUGUUGAAUGAUGCGGUGGCUGGAAAGAUGAACGAUGAUGAGGGGCAAAGAGUUGUUGGCUCACGGAAGCUUACAGGUUAUGUGUUUUUGGUUGUUUUAGUUGCUACGGUUUCUGCGGGUAGUGAGUUGUUCCUGAGUGAGCAUGUCUAUAUCUCAUUUGCUUCUAAUUGCAUUGCUCGAGAAACUGAACUAUUGUUGUCAUCGUCAUUUUUGCCUUCAAUAAGUCCAUUGGUGAAACUUGGUAUGGAUAAUAACUCAACAAGUUCAGGAGCCAAGACACAUCUUCGGGAUGAAAUUGAUGAUUCCUCGGAUGAAUUUCAGACUAUAGUUAUAAAGAUAUGA